AAAUUCACCUUCAGCUGUUCGCGAUUGUGCGCGGCAGCCAAUGAGCGUCGGAGGCCGAAAACUGUCCACCAAUUGCAAAACGCGUGGAGCUCAAACCGGCCGAGCCACACGCGCGAUCUCUCAGGCCCAGGCCGGAACUGGUCCCCCAAGAGCCGGACUUCAUGGACGAGUUCGCAGCAACUCUUUAGGCGGUUAUGUUGGCCCCAAUCGCCACUGGACUUUUGACCCAGAACUUGUAGCUGUCGUCUCCAUUCAGGUAAGUUAAUUGUUUUAGUGCCAAGAUGUCCGAAAGAGCCCACAGUCCAGGUUCGGAGUGCCAAAGCCGCCCGUAUGACUUCAGCCGAGCUUGCACGCAGAAUUUGAGCCAAGACGGUCUCGGGGCGUCGUCCUACCCCCAGCUCCCCCUGCCAGAAGCGGGGGUCCUCUACAAGCAGGCCGCCUACGGUGGGCUCCCGUCGGCCGCCCCGCAGAGCUUCUUCCCGUUCCCGUCGCUGGGCGCCGGUGACUACCGCGCCGCGGAGCUCCAGGCCGGGGAGUUCGGCCAGCCCAAACAUUGGUAUCCGUUCGCCGCCCCGGACUACACCGGCCAGGUACCCGGUGUGACCGCGGCCGCGCAGCCCACCAACCUGAGCCCCCCGAUUGCCGAGACCCGGGAGCAAAUUAAGAUGGUCGACAUCAAGACGGAGAAAGACACCGGGGACGAGUACCCGGGGGAGAUGAAGCUCCAGCAGUACCCGCCGCCCCCCGCCGCGAUCCCUCCCCACGGAGUCUUCUACUCCAGCCCCUGGAACCCGAGCUUCUGGCCCGGUAUCAGCCACCUGACCCCGCCCGGCAGCGGAGGAAGCAGCCACCAGAAUCCGUCCACGUCUUCUGCGUCGUCGCCGUCCAUGUCCCCGUCGCCGCCCAGCAACGGGGUGCCUGCGAACGCCUUCUUCGGCGUCAACCCCGGCCAGGGGGCCCCCGGACCUCAGGGCCAGAACCCGGCCUCGUCGACUCGGAGCAGCGGCUCGUCCAGCGGCGGUUGUAGCGACUCUGAGGAGGAAAACCUUUCCACCGAGGAACUGGAGCAGUUUGCCAAAGAACUUAAACACAAACGCAUCACUUUGGGUUUCACUCAAGCUGAUGUUGGCCUGGCUUUGGGUAAUCUUUAUGGUAAGAUGUUCAGCCAGACGACCAUUUGCCGCUUCGAGGCCCUCCAGUUGAGCUUCAAGAACAUGUGCAAGCUGAAGCCCCUCCUCCAAAGAUGGCUGAAUGAGGCCGAAACGUCGGAAAAUCCCCAGGAUAUGUACAAGAUCGAGCGGGUUUUUGUGGACACCAGGAAGAGGAAGAGGAGGACCAGCCUGGAGGGGGCCGUUCGCUCGGCUCUGGAGUCCUACUUCAUCAAGUGUCCCAAACCCAACACCCAAGAGAUCACUCACAUCUCGGAUGAUUUGGGCUUGGAGAGAGAUGUGGUCCGGGUGUGGUUCUGUAACCGUCGACAGAAGGGCAAGCGCCUGGCCCUGCCGCUGGACGAAGAGUGCGACGGCCAGUACUACGAGCAGAGCCCGUCGCCUCUCGCCGCGGCCGCCCCCCACCUCCCCGGCCAGGGCUACCCUCCCCCGUCCGGCUUUCCCGGAGCCCCGCCGACGCUUUACAUGCCGCCUCUUCACCGGCCGGAGGUCCUGAAGCAAGCGCUGCACCCGGCGCUGGUCGGCCACCUGACCGGAUAAGAGGCUGCGGCAGCGCCGGCAAACCGCCGCUCUGUCCGAACCUUUCCUCGGGGGAGGGGGUGACUGUUCAAAGUUCAAAACCCAUCGCUGCAGUUGCGUUGGACUGAUCGCUCCACACCAACUACUUGAAGUGUUUUGCUAAUGCGUGCAAAUUAUUCAACUGGCCAGUAGUUUGUUUUUUUUUUUUUUUUUGGUCAUGGAGGUGAUAAAUUGUUCCUGAGUCUUUUUGGGGGAGUGGGGGGGGGGUAAUUGGAGAGAUAACAAGGGGAGCUGUGGUUCGAGAUCUCUUCUACUUUAUGGAUUCAAGUGUUUUGAUGUCAAAACAAAAACCUGAAAUCUUAGUAUGUCAGAAGGAAAACAAUGUUUUACUUCUGUAAAAAGUGCAGUGUGUAGUUUUUUUUUGGGGGGGGGGUGUCAUGCAGAUGACUAAUUAUCGGGGGGGGGGGGGUCAUUUGACAGUUAAUGAGGGGAGGUGUGGUUCAAGAUGCAGUCUACUUUAUGGAUUCCAGUGUUUUCAUGUAAAACUGAAAUCUUCGUAUGUCAAAAUGAAAGCAAUAUUUUACUUCUGUAAAAAGUGCCUUUUUAGAAAGUCUUAAUCAUCUUUUUUUUUUGUUUUUUUUUUUUUUGAGAGAUUGGAUGCAAUAUUUUGAAAACAAAAUGGUCGUUGCUGCUAAUUUUCUCUGCUUUUCUUGCACAAUUUCAACAUUUGAUCUCAGGUCGAUCCUUUCCUUGACUAUUUUCGAAAAGUCAAGGUUUGACAUAUUUUGGCAUAUCUACGGUGUACCUUUUACACUGCUGGCAUCUUAUUAGCAAAUAAAACUGCGUACAUCUUUU